CUCACUCCUUCACAUUCACACAAGUCGCUGUACUUUAUUGGAUCCUCUCCUGCGCUUCCACAUGGGUCUCGUCCAUCGUCUUCCACUCCCUUCCUGCUUCCUCCUCCUCCUCCUCCUCCUCAUUCCUAAUUUCGCUUCCUCCGAUUUGGCCAAGGACAAGCAGGACUGUGCCCCCCAACUCACCGGCCUCGCUCCCUGUCUCUCCUACGUCGGCGGCCAGGCCAAAACUCCCUCCAUCGAUUGCUGCACCGGCCUCAAACAGGUCAUGGACAAUAGCAAGAAAUGCCUAUGCCUUCUCAUCAAAGACCGCAACGAACCCGACCUCGGCCUCACCAUUAACGCCUCUCUCGCCGCCAGCCUUCCCUCCGCCUGUCACGUCCCCGCCAACAUCUCUCACUGCAUCGAUCUUCUUCAUCUGGCUCCUAAUUCUUCCGACGCUAAGGUGUUCGAGGGCUUUGAUAAAGCCGCCGCCAAGACUAACAGUUCCAGUUCCACUUCCGCUUCCACCCCGGCCGCGCCUACCGGGAAGGGAUCGAGCCCCAGCACGAGUGCUGAUGAGAAGAACGGUGGUGUCUCUACUGUGGCUGCGUGGGAAAAGAGAUCAUGGUUGGUGGCUCAAGUGGUUGGUGUGAUCACACCCCUUGUUUUAACCUUCCUUGUUUGAGAACUCGACCGGAUUGGGAUGCUAUGCUAAUUGCUAGCCUUUCUUUUUAUCAUCUCUUUCUUUUCAUUUUGCCUUUUUGUUCUUCUUCUUUUUUUUAAUACAUUUCAGAGUUGUACUUGUAUUAUCGAACGGCGAAAGAAAACAUUUACCACGAUCUAGCGUUUAGUUAACUUGAA